CUCUUCCUCUCUCUCUCUCUCUCUCUCUCCCUCCCUCUCGCCCCUCCGACGAACCAGUCUCCGCAUCAACGUCAUCGAGCGCCGCGACCGGACGGUCUUGAUCGGCGCCGCCGAUCCUCCUCCUUCGAAAGGCCGAGAAUCGGUCCUCCCGCGAGGCCCCUCCCCAAUCCCAUUCGCAUCGAAUCGCGGCGAGGAUUCGUCUGUCAGUCGCGAGCGAUGCGGAUUCCAUAUUCCGUUGCGAUCCUCUCGUCCCGCGAAUAGCCGCAUCGUCCGCACGAUUUCAUCGUCGUCAUCUCGUGCGGUUUCGAUUCCCCGGCGCUUUUACAUGAUCCGACGGAUUUGACGGCGGUCGGCGUCGUCGUCGUCGUCGUCGUCGUGCUGUCCGCGCACUGUUUGGAUUGGGUAUGAGCGCUUUCGGUUUCGAGGAUUAUAUGUCCGUUGCUUGAUCCGUUGAGGAUUUUAUGUUCUGCCUGCUUGAAAUGGAGUUUGUAGAGCAAUCGGUUUAGUUGGUAUGGAGAGCCUGCCUAUUGAAGUCAUCGGGAGCAUACUGUCGCGGCUGGCCGCCGCCAGGGACGUGGUCGUGGCCUCCGCCACGUGCCGGAAGUGGCUAGAAGCUCGCCGCAAGCACCUCCGUAGCCUCUCGUUUAGUGUAGGCGAUUGGUCUGGUUAUCGUGACUAUGGCAGCAGUCAGGCAGGGAUUUGGAUAACCCAGACCAUAUUUCAGACCGCCGGAUUGGAGAGUCUCUCGCUUCAAUUGGACGACGUCGAUGAAGAGCUUUCGGCUUCUGCAGUGGUGGCUUGGCUCUUGUACACUAGGGAGACGUUGCGCAGCUUACGUUAUAACGUCCGGACGAUCGGAGAUGUGAACAUCCUCGAAAUUUGCGGGAGGCAGAAGCUUGAGAAUCUGGUCUUGUCGCAUAAUUCCAUAUCAGGGGUCGAACCGAAUUAUUACAGGUUUGCUGGCUUGAAGUCCCUCUCUUUGAGUCAUGUCAGUAUCUCGGCAUUGGAUUUGAGUCUUCUAGUCAGCACGUGUCCGAAGCUUGAGAAAUUGGAUCUCAUUAGUCCAGUCAUUGCAAUGUCAGAUGCACAAGUCACGGUUGAGGUCAGUAGCGCUACGUUGAGGCACUUUUAUAUUGAGGCGACAAGUUUGGACAAAUUCGUUUUGGAAGCAGAUAGUAUCGAGUCUUUGCAUCUAAAAAGUUGCUCCCUUGAGCUUUUCGAACUCAUUGGAAAGGGGACUUUGAAGCAUUUUAAGAUUGAUGACGUAAGCGUUCUACAUCUUGAUAUUGGUGACGCUGUUGAUAAUCUUGACACAGUGGAUGUUAGGGACUUCACAAUUACGUCUCCAAAGUUCUUUCAGAUGAUUUCGAAAUCAGCAAAAUUGAGGAGGCUGCGCCUUUGGGAUUUAAUGUUUGAUGACGAGGAUGAGAUUGUGGAAAUAGAAACCAUUGCUCUUUGCUUUCCACAGCUUAGCCAUCUGUCGUUGAGUUGCGACUUGAGAGAUGAAGUGCUUCUAUAUGGUCUUCAUGGAUGUUUUCAUUUUGAAAAUGUGGUUGUUUUGGAGCUUGGAUGGACUUUUCUGAAUGAUCUCUUUUCAGACUGGGUCAAAUUAAUGCUAAAAUGUUGCCCAAAUCUUAAGAAGUUGAUUAUUAAUGGAGUUGUCUCAGACCUCAAAACCCAUGAAGAACGUCAGUUGCUGGCCAAUUUCACCUUGGCUAUUGUAUGUGUCAUGCGGGAAUAUGUCAACAUAGAAGUAGUGUUUGUGUACAAGUAGAGGCUGUUUGCAGAAUUUCAAUUUUGUGUCACAAAUAUGUGAACAGAGUCCAAUUUUUCGUCACAUAUACCAAUGAACAAGCUACAGAUGAUCCCAUUAUACCUUUGUUUUCAUUAAUGUGAUUUUAGAAUAAUUUGUUAA